GCUGCUACUUGUAGAGUCACUCGAUUUUAUUUACGGCACACAAGCGAAGAAACCUAGCUCCCUCUCUUACGGCGGAGCUGGCGCCUGGUUAUAUUCCCUCCCGGCAGACUAAUAAUGACCGAAUCCAAUAGGAAGCCUGUUGAUUGCGCACCGCGCAUCCCAGUGUGUCUCAACGCCAGUCUGCGCUGGGCUCUGGAAGAUUUGUAUCCUGGUGCUGGUCCUUCCACAGGAAUCUGGAUGAAGAUCAGGGUGAGAAUCCGGAGGAACCUGGAUGAAGAUGAGAAGACCCUGUGCCUGUCCUAGAAGCAGCAACAAAAUAUUAAGAUACCUGGUCCUGUAGACGGAAGGAGCCUGGACAGUGACACAUGCUCAAAGGCCCUGCAGGACCGCCAUGGCUUAUGAUGACUCCGAGAAGAAAGAAGAUUGCUUUGAUGGUGAUCACGGCUUCGAGGAUAUAGGACUUGCAGCUGGCCGAAGCCAACGAGAAAAGAGACGUUCUUACAAAGAUUUCUUAAGGGAAGAGGAAGAGAUUGCUGCUCAGGUCAGGAAUUCUUCCAAGAAGAAGUUAAAGGACAGUGAACUGUGCUUCUUGGUGACGGACACACACAGGAAGAAGAGGAAACACUCCCCUGAUGACUACCACCAUGGAGACAUUUCUUCUUUGGAAUCAGCACAAAAGAAAAAGAAAAGGUCCAGCCCACAGGCUGCUGACACAGCUAUGGACCUGUUAAAAGCGAUCACUUCCCCGCUGGCAGCAGGUGCCAUUCCCCCCAGAAAGGCAGGGGAGAAGUCCUCUGGCUCUUCGAGCCACUCAAGCCACUCAGAGAGUAAGCGAGAGCACCACAGGAAGAAAGGCAGUGCCGGCAGCGGGGAGCUCCCCCCAGAGGAUAGCAGCUCCCACAAAUCCAAGAAAAUGAAGCCACUGUACAUGAACACAGAGACCCUGACCCUGCGUGAGCCUGAUGGCUUGAAGAUGAAACUUAUUCUGUCGCCGAAGGAGAAGGGAAGCAGCUCCGUCGAGGAGGACUCUUUUCAGUACCCUUCUCAACAAGUAGCAGUGAGAAAAUCCUCUAAGAAGUCAGCUCGGGAUGAGCAAGGUGCUUUACUCCUAGGACAUGAGUUACAGAGCUUUCUGAAAACAGCCCGGAAGAAGCACAAGUCAUCCUCAGAACCACACUCAUCACCUGGCCCUGAAGUCUCUGGUUCCGAUGCUGCCCAGUUCCCAGAACCCCACGGCACUAACCUUGACCUUUCAGGGCUUGAGCCAAUUCUAGUGGAGUCAGACUCGUCCUCUGGUGGGGAGCUGGAGGCUGGUGAGCUGGUGAUAGAUGAUUCCUACCGGGAAAUCAAGAAGAAAAAGAAGUCAAAGAAAAGCAAAAAGAAGAAGGACAAGGAGAAGCAUAAAGAGAAGAGGCACUCCAAGUCCAGGAGAAGCUCAGGGCUGCCUUCUGCCACUCUGGGAGAUGUUGCGGUGACUCCUGGUCCCCCUCCUAGCAUCCCGUACACUGGGGCUGCUGCUGCCCCUGCCCCACCACCUCUCAGCAUCCAGACAGAUGGGCAUGGAGAGAAGAAGAAGAAGAAAGAGGAGAAGGACAGAGAGAGAGAGAGGGGAGAAAAGCCGAAAAAGAAGAACAUGUCAGCCUACCAGGUGUUCUGUAAAGAGUACCGCGUGACCAUCGUGGCUGACCACCCAGGGAUUGAUUUUGGGGAACUCAGUAAAAAACUGGCUGAGGUGUGGAAGCAAUUGCCAGAAAAGGACAAGCUGAUUUGGAAGCAGAAAGCUCAGUAUCUGCAGCACAAACAGAACAAAGCAGAAGCUACAACUGUGAAGAGAAAGGCGUCCAGCUCAGAAGGCUCCGCGAAAGUCACAGCUCCUUCUGCAGGAGUCCUGUCACCCCAAAAGAAGUCCCCACCCACCACCAUGCUGUUCCCCGCAUCUCCAGCCAGAGCUCCCGAGACAGAGCCCAUCGAUGUGGCUGCACACCUCCAGCUGCUAGGGGAGUCCCUCAGCCUCAUCGGACACCGCCUGCAGGAGACUGAGGGCAUGGUGGCCGUGUCUGGCAGUUUGUCUGUGCUUCUGGAUUCUAUCAUCUGUGCUCUUGGCCCCCUGGCAUGUCUGACCACACAGCUACCUGAGCUGAACGGCUGUCCCAGGCAGGUCUUGUCAAACACUCUAGACAACAUUGCUUACGUCAUGCCUGGACUGUGACAACCGAGAGCCCUGGGACAGAGACCUGCCCGGCCUCUCUGCUGGGUGUGUGUGUGUUACUGUUGCAGACUCCUCACUGGCCUUGGGGUGUGGGUUUUAAAUCUUUGUAUCUCUGUGUUAUACAUAUGUAUAUAUAUAUAUAUAUAUAUAUAUAUACACACACAUAUAUAUAAUGUACAGUUAUAUACGUAGGACCGUAAGUACUUUGCUUUGGUAAUUUGAAAUGGCAAAGGUGUAGCCAAAGGAAACUGGCAGGCAUAGGGGCUUGGGAUUCUGCAUCCUCUUGUGGUGGAUAAAUCUGCCUUAAAAAUCAGCGUCACUUGGGACUGGGGGCUUGUUCCGGGUGCGGAGCAGCACCUCCUUAUGGACAGCUAAAUUGUGAUUUUUUUCCCAAAUCAGUUGUACCUCCAGACCCAUCACUGACCAUUUGCCUUACUUGUCGUAUAGUCAGAAAUGUAAUAAAGAUGAUGGGAGAUGCCAGCUGACCAGAAGUGACCUCGGUGGCGAGUGUCACACCAGCGGAGCUACUGAGAUGGCUUAGAUGGACUGCGUAGGGGUCAUUCCACUCCCUACUACACAGGUGUCCACAUCUCAGAACUUACUGCAAUCACUGAUACCACUGGCAGCCUCGGGAGAGGCUGAGCAGUUAGUGAUUCCCGGCAGGAGAGAUCCCUGAGGGUGACGCUGUCUGCCCCAGCCAGAGCUGCUGGUGUUCCAAGCUGACCCACGCUAUUGGUCUGCAAACCCGCGAGCUGGCAUCUCUGGCAGUGCUAGAUUGGCCACCAAGUCCCGCAGAUUCUGCUGCUUAGUUUCCUGGUGGCUGUGAAAGAUAAACGUUGCCCCGUGUGGUUCUGGAGUUCAUCUUACUGGUUCCUCUGUGGGCAGAUAAAGCACUCUGCAUUCCACAUGUGAGUGAACUGCAAAAAAGACUCGAUCCUCAUGUAGGUUUAUUUAUAUGUGUGUGAAUGUGUAUUUUAAUUAUGUGUAUUUAACUCUAAAUUCCUUAGAUUGUUAAUUUAUGCUGUAAAUUUCUGUAUAUAUAAUUUAAUAACAAAAGCGUCCACCAGCAGCAGCGUGUGGAAGAUACAGAUUGGCCACUUCUCCCUUCUUCCUUCCUUCCUCUGGUGUGUUCUGAAGAUUCCAAAUCAUAUAUACUUUAAGGUUUUAUAUCUCAAAAAAGAAUCAUGGUACUGGGGUUCUAAUUCUUUAUAAAGAACUUCAAAGCCUUCAAUAAUGUCAAAAGAGUGAAAUUUUUAAAAAUCUUAGCAUUCCCCGCUGCCCUUAUUUCAAAGAGCCAGACCUGUGUCUUGGGUGGAAAGACGACAGUAGGUGGUUUUAAAUGUGACUCCCUGCCGAGCCACCAGGAGGCUCUGGGGACAGUGCAGCCAGCAGCAUGCUGCACAGCUCCUCCCUUCCCCAGCCAGUGUCGUCACAGGGGUGUAUUCCUCAGAGGCCACUGAACCCCAGCUCAGAGCAGUUCUGCAGUUUAAUCAAGGAAAUGGGAACAUUAGGAAUUGAAAUCAAGAAGCAGAAAUGUUAGCUUGCACGUGUCAGAACCUCAUCGGUACCCAGGGAAGGUUCCUGUGUGACAGAUGACAGGGCGCAGGGGUGAGGCAUAGAAAUCAGGCCUACAGCUUCAUUUUAUUCGGUAAUGCGUUCCCGGGUGGUGGUUCUGAACCACAGUGGCACACGUGUGACUCCCGUUGGGCGGCAAAGGGACAGUCAUGCAUGUGCCCCAGUGGGUCAAGCUGGCAGGAACGUGUUAUGAAACCCUAAGGAGAGCCUGCUGUUUUUGUUUCGUUUUUGUUUUUCCUUUGAAACCUAGCCCUACUGUAUUUGUAUUUAAGAUUUGUACACAUUUGUAUGGUAAUCUGUAUCUUGUGGUAUUUGGUACUUAAUAGAGGAAAAACUUUGGAUUCAGACUUCUUGGCAGUUUUUAUAUCAUUGCUUUAUUUUGUUUUUUAAAUUCCAGUGGUUUGACCCAAAUACUCUUAUGAUUGUAUAAAGAAAAUUUUGUACUUAUAUUAUUAAAAAU